UCGUCCUGCCCACAGUCCUGUAGAGAAAAGUUGGAGACCUCAGUUGUUGUCUGGCUAUCACGGGGGAAGGUUGUCAGCCGCCAGCUCUCCUCUUAAUAAGUGCCAGUAUCCUUACCUCCUGCUGCUUCUUCCCUGCCUCGUCCGUGUCCCCAGAUUCCCCUAUCCACACUAGCUACAUGUAACCUAACCUGACCUGACCUAACCUGACCUGACAUGUCCCUGACCACACCCAUUCCUUAAUACACCUUAAGAAAAACAAAAAGAAGAAAAAAAAUAGCCCAAAAUCCUAAUAGCAAAAAACCGCCCAAAUCACCCAAAACCACCAAAUAAAAACCCGCCCAAAAUGAAGCAGGCGUGGUAUUACUUGGCUGGGACUUGGGCUGUAGCUUGGGCCUGCCUGGUGGUGGUGUCGCAGAGGUCAUGGGCGGUGUCCUGGCUGGCGCUGGGACUGGUGGCGGCCCAUAUCGCUGACUGGCUGAUGAAAGGCGCUCAAAAUGCAAUGAAGAGAGUGACGAUGAGUAGCGAAGGGAAGGCUGUGUUCAUAACUGGCUGCGACACGGGAUUCGGAAGGGAGUUGGCUGCGAGGCUUGACCAAAUGGGAUUCAAGGUGUACGCAGGCUGCCUGAUGCCUGAGGGGGAGGGCGCGAGGUCUCUACUGAAGGAGGCGUCGUCGAGGCUGAAGAUCGUGAGCGUGGACGUGACAAAGGACGAUAAGGUGCGGGCGGCGUACAAGACGGUGGUGGAGGACUUAGCGGAGGACGAGUGUCUAUGGGCAGUGGUGAACAACGCAGGAAUCGCAGCCUUCACUGAGAUCGAGUGGUGUCCGGUUGCUGAAUACAGGCGAGUGUAUGAAGUGAAUUCGCUCGGCCCUAUUCGAGUGACCAAGACCUUCCUGCCACUGCUAAGACGUUCCCAGGGGCGCAUCGUCCUCGUGGCCUCCCUUGCUGGACGCUACACCUUCCCUGGGUUCACCGCCUACAGCAUGAGCAAACACGCCACUGUCUCCUUCGCUGACGGCCUGCGACUGGAGAUGCAGAAAUGGGGUAUCACUGUACAUACUGUGGAGCCAACUCUCUAUAGGACCCCCAUAAGCCAGGAGGGACCGAUGCACCGCGCCCUGGACCGGUUCUGGCAGGAGUGUUCAGAUGACGUGAGAAAGUGUUACGGAGAUGACUACAUGCGGGACUUUAAGGUGACACUGAGCAAGCACCUGAACCGCGCCAAGCCCACGGAGAAGGUGAAGGAGGUGAUCGACGACAUGGUGGACGCUGUGGCGGGUCAGGAUCCUAAGAUCCGGUACGUGCCCAGCGUGGUGACACAGAUCAGGGCUAAGCUGCUUUCUUCGCUCCCUGACGCAAUGAGGGACCAAGUCUUCCUCAGUGGCCAGCCGCAGACCCCGCCAGCUCUUGUCACAGCCAAGCGAAGGAAACCGAGCCUGGAGGACCCGCGGGAGGUUACCAUGAGGAGCCGCGGACCAGCCAGGCUCAUACGAGGAUUCUCUAUGCCAAACUGGUCCAAGACUGAGAUGACCCCGAGCCCUAAGACUGAAGAGGAGACCAGGUUCAAGUUUUAGAAGAGGAGGAGGAGGAGGAGGAGGAGGAGGAGGAGGAGGAUGGGAAAU